AUUGGAGCAUUGAGAACAAGUUUAAUAUACAAGGGGGAAAAACAACUACAACAAUAUAGAACAAAUGCCCUGCAUCCCUGCGUAGCUAUUUUUUUCCAGAUUUGAUUUAAUUCAUCAUGGGACUCCGCGACUUUCUUAAAGAAUAUUUCCUUGGUUUCUGGGACUAUGAGACACCGAAAGUAAUGGUGGUCAAGAACCGAACUCUUGGAAUCAUAUACAGAGCAGUUCAGUUUCUUGUCAUCACAUAUUUUAUCUGGUAUGUGUUUAUAAGUCAGAAGGCAUAUCAAGAAAACGAAACCCGCCUUGUCAGCUCAAUUUACACUCGUAUGAAAGGCACAGCCGCUCUCGGGGACAAGGUUUUGGACACUGUGGAGUAUGCCCAACCCCCAGAGGGUGGUGAUGUCAUAAGUACUAUCCUGAGACGAGAAGUCACAUACGACCAGAGACAAGGAACCUGUGCGGAGCAUUUCAAUGUACCAAAAGCCAACUGUACGAGAGAUUCCGACUGCGUGGAAGGAGAGCUUAACUUUGAUGGCCAUGGCAAGAGGACCGGAAAAUGUGUCCCAUACUACAACCAUUCCUUCAAAACCUGUGAGGUCCAAUCCUGGUGUCCCAUUGAGGAGCAUGCUGUCCAGCGAGAGCCUCCCUUACUGGAGGCCAUCAAUUUCACAGUGUUCAUCAGAAACUCGAUUCUCUUCCCAAAGUUUGGACUUCGGAAAGGAAAUAUCAAACAAGCGUCGAACAAGCGUGACAUCUACAAAUAUCUCAGCAAGUGUCACUACGACGAGGAGAAGGAGCCCUACUGUCCCAACUUUCGUCUGGGAUACAUUGCUGAAAAAGCUCGAGAGAACUUCCACGAGCUCUGCAAGACUGGCGCUGUGAUAGGGGUAUUCAUUAAUUGGAGGUGCAAUCUGGACAUGGAUCCUUCACACUGCAAACCCACAUACUCCUUCCGGCGCUUGGAUAUGCGAAAAGAUGAAGCCAACUCUGGUUACUACAACAGGUUUGCAAAACAUUACUACAAAGAUGGAGUGGAGAUCCGGACCCUGAUAAAGGCCGUUGGAAUCCGCCUGGAUAUCAUUGUUCAUGGACAUGCUGGUAAAUUCAGUCCCAUCCCAACCAUCAUCAGCACAGUGACGGCCAUGACGUCAGUGGGAAUUUGCACCAUCAUCUGUGACUGGAUCAUGCUGACCUUCAUCGACAAGAAUGAAGUAUACAGUGAGAGAAAAUUUGAUGAAGUUAUCCAGGAACCUACGGAGUCGCAGCCUGCUCAACUCAGCCACAUCACCAGCUACGGCUCCAACCUCUCCGACCUGUCGGAAGGCGUGCCUUUGUGACGUCAGCAGUGGCGUCACGGGAGGACAGUGACUGAACUAAGAAGAGCAACUUCUCAGGAGUAUGUAGCAGCCUAAACGCCAUCGCUUCACUUCACUUCUAUAGUGGAAAACUAACAAGCUGCCAUGAAUCAUGUCAGACAUUAAGCUCCCCACUGACAGCCCCAAACAUUUAAGCUUAAGUGUGUCAGGCAUAAUGAGGAGACAGGAGGAAACGGCCUGGAGAUUCAUGAGAGGAGUAAUCUAAUAACUGCAGCACUUCCCAUAAGAUGGUUCCUUUAACAAGAUUGUGUGGAAGUGUGAAUCCAUCUGGAGAGUAGUAGCGAACGCAAUGGACUGAUAUGCCAGGACCGAUGGAGGAGAACAGGGGAAGAGACAAAAACAUGGACAAGUCAAAGGAUUGACUGGUGAUGCUGCACAGAAGAAGUGUUGAAAUGAAGAGCAUUUGUGCGCUGCCAGUGUGUUGGCAUGCUCUGCUGAGAAGAGCUGCUCUGACAGCGCCGAAGCGCAGAUGUGAUUAGUUGUCGGGUGGACACCCAUCCACCAGCAAUGUGAGUCAUCUGAGGGAAAAUGAGGUUAAAGUGAUGGAGGUCGAAUCUUCGCACCAUGAUGGUGGUUUCUCACAUUCUUUUCUUGCAUGGAGCAUUUUGUACUAUUAAAAAUACAUCAGAAUCAGGUGUGAUUCAGAAAAGAACCCCAUUGUCUUAGGGGUGGCCAACGCAAACAGCAGUGUCUAACAGGAUGAAC